AAUACACCAUAGGCAUACCGGUGAAUCAAGGAGCAGCAACGCACGAUUACGGCUGCUUCAUUUUCUGCUUUUCGCGCAGAAAUCAUGAAUCCUCUCACCAAUGUGAAGAAUAUCAACAAGCUGAAUGAGCUAGAAGCCCAGUAUGGUGUAUCCAGUACUGCUUCGUGGCAUCAGCAGUACAAGGACAGUGCGUAUAUCUAUGGAGGAAUGCCCUUCGAGUUGACGGAGGGAGAUGUCCUGUGUGUAUUUUCACAGUAUGGAGAGAUUGUGAACAUCAACCUGGUGCGGGAUAAAAAAACAGGGAAGUCCAAGGGAUAUUGCUUCAUUGCCUAUGAGGAUCAACGGAGCACCAUUCUAGCAGUGGAUAAUUUCAAUGGUAUUAAGCUGAAGGGAAGGACAUUGAGGGUAGAUCAUGUGUCAGAGUAUCGCAAGCCCAAGGAUGACGAGGAGUUGGAUGAUGCAACUAAGAAGCUGAGAGAAGAGGGAUGCGCUCCAAAGACACCUCCAACAUCUGAUGAAGAGGAAUUAGUUCUACCAAUGAAAGGAAAUGAGAGACCAGCAAAGAAGAAGAAAUCAAAGAAAGAAAAGAAGGAGAAAAAAAAGAAGAGGGCACCCGAUAGCGACGACAGCGAGUCAACCUCUGAUGUGAAAAUCAAGAAGGAAAAAGAUGAGGACUAUAGAAAAAAGAAAGAAAAGACAAAGCGGGAGAUGAUAGGAGGAUAGUGGAUGGUUCUGAACAUAAAGGAAGAGGGGAGAGCAUGAGGAGAUACGACGAUAACGAAGCUAGGAGUUCAUACCAUUCUACGAGAUACGAGGAUGAUGAAACCAAAGUUAAGAGAAGAGAAGGUGAACAGAAGGAUCGGAAUGGUCGUUUGGAUAGGGAACGAGAGGACAAACCAAGGAUGG